AUGCGGAGCAAUCUGAAUAUGGCGAUGGUUUGUAUGCUGAACGAAACCGCAAUAGCUGAGGUACGAGUGAGGAACGCAAGUCACGAGGGAAAAUGUGAAGUGCUCAAAUUCGGCAACGAGCACGUCUAUGAAUAUAAUGGCGAACUCACAUGGACAUCACAACAACGAGCCGUUAUAUUCGCUUCUUUCUAUGCCGGAGGUCUCAUUGCUACCUUAGUGACAGAGACAAGUCUGCUACCAAUUUAUCGAUCCCGGAGAGAUGAAAGACUUGACUGGCAUUACCCCGACUUCGAACCAACGAUCGAUCAUACGAAGCUGAAUCGAUAUAUGGGAGCAAAGCGACUGGUACUUCAUGGCGCCAUCAUAAAUGUUCUGGGCACAUUCGCAACGCCGCCAGUCGCAGUCUAUCUAGGAACGAUUCCGAUGGUUAUGCUGCGAUUUGUAAUGGGGUUUGGACAGGGCCUCCUCUGGCCGUGCAUGAGCGUUCUUGUUGGACAUUGGUUCCCACCAACAGAGAAAAGCACAGCGCUGGCAAUUGCCACCACUGGAAAUCAGCUUUCCGUUGUGAUUGCGAUGUUUGCAACAGCGGAGUUAUGUCAACUACCGUUCUUUGGCGGUUGGCCGAUGGCUUUUCACACUUACGGUAUUCUCGGCGUGCUCUUGUGCAUUUUAUGGCAGACUUUUGUCGAUGAUGUGCCAGCGAAUGCUCUUGGCAUAACAGAUGAAGAGGUCCAAGUUAUAACCAACACAGGUGCUCGUAAACCUCGUGUUCAGAAAGCUAAUUGGGCACAACUGCUCUCUUCGGCGGUAGUUUGGUCUACGGCUGGAAGUGCUUUCGCCCACAACUUUAUAACUGUUGGAACUGUGACUUAUCUCCCACUCUACUACAAAACUGUAUUAAAUAUGAGUCUAACUUCUAAUGGGAUCCUUUCUGCCCUACCAUUCGUAUGUCAGUUCAUUUCAAAGAUCAUCUACGCGGGGUUCGCAGACGAGUCGAAGAAGAGAGGCUGGAUUAGCUUCACUAAUGUGACGAAAGCAUGCAAUUCCAGCGCAUCCUUCGGGCUCGCUCUUUGCUUCGCCUUGUUAUGUUUCUGCGAUUGUUCGCAUCGAAUCACUGCUGUAGUGUUGAUCUGUCUGGCAAUGGCAUUCGUCUCAGGUUACAUUCCUGGCUAUAAUACGAGCGUAGUCUCCAUCGCUCCGUCUCAAACAGCAGCAAUCGCGUCAUUCAGUAGAAUUUGGGCACAGAUCGCGUCUUCACUUGCUCCAUAUGAAAUCGGCGCCCUUACGAAGACAGGAACACUGGAAGAAUGGCGAAUUGUAUUUAUUACCAUAGUAAUUAUAUGCUUAAUAACGGGACUGUUCUUCCAAGUGUCAGGCUCAGCCGAUGUACAGUCUUGGGAUUCGUCACCCACUGAGGACCCGAAAGAAGAGUUGAUCGAAAAGACUCCGGAUGUUGCUGAGUCAAAAAUGAACGACAACAGCUAG